AUGAGUUCUCAAGAUACUAUUCCAGAUGAUACACUAUAUCAAGAACAUCAAAACUACCUGUUAGUCAGGGAUGAUGUCGUUUACCCAGCUUCAGAUCUACCAGAACCAGCACACGCAAGCAAGCCGUCUGGUGAUAAGAAGAACAAGGAGCAGCUUAGUAAAUUCAUCUCGCGCGAGACCAAAGAGGCAGUCUUGCAUACCAAUACUAAGCGCAAGUUUGAGGAGAGCAAUACCGAAAUGAAUACUCUAGACAAAUUAAAAAAUAUGGAGGGGUGGCUAGAACGUAUGUUAGGUGAAAUAGCUGGCUUGAUCUCUGAUUUCGAAGAAGCGCCCGAAUGCACUCAUAAGACUUUGCAUAAAAGCGGCAAGCUCGUUAGAUGGGCAGAUAGUACUGGUACCUCUGGCCCUAAUGACGAUGAACAUCGCGUUGGGAAAAAAGCACGUAGAAACCUUUAA